ACCCGACCCAUAACAUAUAGCAAUUCCAUUCCAUUAAUAGCUAGCAUACAUUUAUUUUCCAAUUCCAUUUCAAAUCCAAUGGCUUAUUCUAAGCUCAUCGUAGCUUCAUUUUUCAUCCUUCUUCCUUUCUUUGCCUCUCUAUCUUUGGCUGCAAAUGACUCCUCAAGCCCAGUCUCUGCAGGCACCAUUUGCAAGUCCACCCCUGACCCUUCUUUUUGCAAAUCUGUGCUUCCUCACAACCAAACUGCUCAAAAUGUUUACUACUACGGCCGCUUCUCGGUCCGGAAAUCGUUAUCUCAGUCCCGUAAAUUCUUAAACUUAGUCGACAAAUAUCUUAAACGCCGAUCCAGUUUGUCCCUGACCGCAGUCCGAGCUCUCGAGGACUGCAGGUUGCUUGCCGGGCUCAACAUGGACUUUUUGCUUAACAGUUUUGAAACCGUCAAUAAGACUAGCAAGACUCUCUCUAAUCUCAAAGCAGACGACGUCCAAACUUCUCUUAGCGCCAUUCUCACCAACCAGCAAACCUGUUUGGACGGCAUUCAAUCCACCGCUUCUGCUUGGAGUUUGAAAACUGGCCUCUCUGCACCCAACGACACCAAGUUCUACAGCGUCUCCCUUGCCCUUUUCACCAAGGGUUGGGUGCCCAAGAAGAAGAAAUCGGCUACGUGGAAGCCCACCAGGAACCAGCGUGGCUUCAAAAACGGACGCCUGCCGCUCAAAAUGUCGAGCCGAACACGUGCCGUUUACGAGGGCGUCACCAAGAGAAAGAUGCUUCAAACGGAGACGGAGGAUGAUGGGGUUUUGGUGAGUGAAGUCGUGACGGUGAGCCAGAAUGGAACCGGAAACUUCUCCACCAUCAAUGACGCCAUUGCUGCAGCCCCGAACAACUCUGCCUCAACUGACGGCUACUUCUUGAUCUAUGUCACCGCCGGUGUUUAUGAAGAGUACGUCUCCAUUGCUAAAAAUAAGAGGUAUUUGAUGAUGGUCGGGGACGGCAUCAACCAGACCAUUCUCACCGGCAACCGAAGCGUCGUUGAUGGGUGGACAACUUUCAACUCUGCAACAUUUGCUGUAACUGCACCUGGAUUUGUAGCAGUGAACAUGACCUUCCGUAACACUGCGGGAGCAAUCAAGCACCAAGCGGUUGCAGUUCGCAACGGGGCUGAUCUGUCCACAUUCUAUAGCUGCAGCUUCGAAGCGUACCAAGACACCUUAUACACACAUUCUCUGAGGCAAUUCUAUAGAGAAUGCGACAUCUAUGGCACGGUAGACUUCAUAUUUGGAAAUGCUGCAGUUGUUUUCCAAAAUUGCAACUUAUAUCCCAGGCUGCCAAUGAGUGGCCAAUUCAAUGCCAUCACGGCUCAGGGUCGAACCGAUCCGAAUCAAAACACGGGCACUUCGAUUCACAAUUGUACUAUAAGGGCAGCUGACGAUUUGGCUUCGAGCAACAGCAGUAGCAAGACUUAUCUGGGAAGGCCAUGGAAGGAAUAUUCAAGGACAGUUUAUAUGCAAUCUUACAUUGAUAGUGUGGUGGAUCCUGCUGGUUGGCGGGCAUGGGAUGGAGAGUUUGCUCUCAGCACUUUGUAUUAUGCAGAGUAUAACAACACCGGUCCCGGAUCAAACACUACAAGCAGAGUUACAUGGACAGGUUACCAUGUGAUUAAUGCUACCGAUGCUGCUAAUUUCACUGUGACCAAUUUCUUGCUGGGGGAUGAUUGGUUGCCUCAAACAGGAGUGCCCUACACUGGUGGGUUAAUUUGAGAAACUUGUUGGACAUAGCAGCAGGCCAUUUGUUCUUUCUCUUUUUGUCAUUUUUUAAAAGUGAAGUAAUAAGGAUGUAAUGCCCAAUUAAGCAUUCCCAAUUUACAACUUGGUUCUGAACCAAGAAUAGUAAACCAGUUUAAAUUGUAAAUGGUUACUUCUUGUAUUGUUUACUGAUUGACUUUAUUUCCAACAACGAACAAUCAAACGUUAGAAGAAG